AGAAGAUCUGAUACUUCUGCAAAAGAGAGAGAAAAAGAAAAGAAAAGACCUUAUCUAAGCAAUGGCUUCUUCGUCCACUUUUGUCUCUCUACCAAAACCCUUCUUUGCUAUUCCGGUUAAAACCACCACUCCUGCUCUAGCUAACCAUAAGCUUCUCGGAAGCCGAAGAGGUUGUCUUAGAGUCAAAGCUGUUUCUACGAAAUGGGAACCGGCAAAGGUUGUUCCUCAAGCAGACAGGGUUCUUGUUCGUCUUGAAGAGCUUGCUCAGACAACCUCAGGUGGAGUGUUGUUGCCUAAAGCAGCUGUUAAGUUUGAGAGGUACCUAACCGGAGAGGUUGUCUCUGUUGGUUCUGAGGUUGGACAACAAGUUGGACCUGGAAAGAAGGUUCUGUUCUCUGACGUGAGCGCAUAUGAGGUCGAUUUGGGGACCAGUGCUAGGCAUUGCUUUUGUAAAGAGAGCGACUUGUUGGCCCUCGUGGAGUGAGUGAGAUGAUUACUUGCAGUGUGUUCCUUGAAGAUUUUAAGUUGCUUACUGUAAUUUUCAGACUUUGUUUUGUGACAAUCUUUCAGUCAUUUAUAUUAUCAUUUGAGAAUUGAGAUCA